AUGGGUCGAUUACAGGAAAAUUGGGCCGGCCAGGACCUCUUGGAACUGGUAUAUAAGCACUUGAACCUCUUGGAGACAGCAUACUUUGGCCUGCGAUACAUCGAUGCAACGGGACAAACGCAAUGGGUGAACCCGGUCAAGAAGCUGUAUCGACAAGUGAAAGGUUCGAGUUCAUCUAGUCUGUUCUUCGGUGUGAAGUUCUAUGCCUCUGACCCCUGCAAGCUCGUGGAAGAGAUAACAAGGCAAGUGUACCAGUUUUUCCUUCAAGUGAAGCAGGAUAUCCUCCAGGGUCGACUUCCUAUUCCCUUCGACCUUUCCGUGGAACUUGGGGCCUACGCAAUACAAUCGGAGCUGGGAGACUUCGACGCCCGAAGGCACGUUCCUGGUUAUGUGUCCGAGUUCAAGCUCUUUCCCAAUCAGACCGAGGAACUUGAGGCGCAAAUCGCCGAUAGGCAUCGAACCCUCAUUGGUCAAGUUCCGGCGGUGGCAGAGCGCAACUUCCUGGAUAAAGUCAAAUGGCUCGAACUCUAUGGCCUCGAUCUCCAUCCUGUCCUCGGAGAGGAUUGCACGGAGUACUUCCUUGGUUUGACUCCGAGUGGGGUCAUGGUUCUGAAAAACAAAACCAGAGUUGGUUACUACUUCUGGCCUCGCAUUACCAAAGUGUACUUCAAGAAACGAUACUUCAUGCUCAGGGUGCGGGACAAGGCAAAUGAGGAGAGGACGUAUGGUUUUGAAACUCCAUCAAAGGGAGCAUGCAGGCAUCUGUGGAGAUGUUGCGUUGAGCACCAUGCCUUCUUCAGGCUCACUCAGGUCCCCAAUUCCCCAACUCCAAAUAAGACCUUCUCCUUCUCAUCUAAGUUUCGCUAUAGUGGGAGGACAGAGAAGCAGACGAUGGAAGCGGCGAGGUCUAGUCUGAGGACUCCUCCAGAAUUCCCCAGACAGUCCUGGAGGAGACACGCACCGCCUAAUCAUCGCAUCGUGGAAGGAGCCCAAGACGAUGACGUGAAGGAGUGCGGCGAGAAGAGGGAAGGACGAGGAGGAACACCCACACCCCGCCCUAUCAUAUCCAUUCCUCAAUCAUCUACUCCUGGGUUGGUGAGGGAUGCAAGGGCGGAUUCCCCCAGAAGCACGAGGAGCUAUCCAUGGAAUGAUCCAAGACAGGUUCGUGGCCUCUACAGCAAUCAGAGUCCCAGAUCGGUUCGCUCUGCCGAGGCCGGCAGAAGACAAGGACACGACCGGACCCGCAGUUCCAGCGUGGAAAGCGGAGAUUCUUCCCUUGACUCAAGCCAUCGACACUGUCGCAAACGACACCAUGGGCAUGGAAGUCGGCAUAAUUCGGACAACGAAAGCGAGAAGUCCCACAACACCCAUCGGUCAUCUCGACAUAACGGAGAUUCCGGAUCGGAAUCGGAAAGCCGGAAGAGGUCUCACCGUCAUCAUCACCAUCGCAGGCGCCACCGAGACGACUACGAGUUGGUGGAUUCAGCGCAGCAGUGGGCAGCCGUGCAAGAAAGUCUGCAGAGCGGCGGGGCAGCCCAGGCGGUCGUCAGGGAUCUCUCUCAAGCCGAAAGAGCACACCAAGCCGUUGUCAGGGAUCUCUCUCACGGCGAAAGACACAGGCCUAAGUCCGGUUACAUGCCCUCUGGAAGAGAAACGGAAUCUGAAGCCAGUUUCCAGCACAGGAGACGCCAUCGCCGGCACAGGUCUCGCUCCCACUCACCGGCUGAGGGGAAGACGAGAGGCAUGCUGUCGGAAGAAGUACGCCAGAAGAUCGACUUUGACCUCGUUGAGCCUUCACCUGAUCAACUAAAGGACAUCCCUUACACUAAAGUCGAAACUGCCGGCAGACCUUUGAAGAUCCGAUAUUCUCCUGUCGCUCGUAAGGUGUACGUCAAGAAACAGGCCGCAAGUGAGAUGGCGGAGAAGAAUGGAAUGGGAAGGAGGUUGCCCGGGGAAGGAGAAGGCGAAUCGCCUCCACCCCCCUACAGCCCUCCAGUUGCCACAGCCCCACCAGCCCCACUGCCAACCGAGGCUCAAGCCCUCGAUCUUCCCAGCCCUUCCUCAUCCGACAGAAGCAGCAGCACUGUCCAGACGGCAAUAGCUCGGUCAUCGUAUGUGCCAACGACGAUGUUGAGCAAGCCAAUGCAGAGUGUCUCCGUGUCGGAUCUGAUGGAGGCGAAUGUCUCUGCCUCCUACAUGUCUUCGGCUUCAACCACUGCCCUCCAUUUCUCUCCUAUCGUUGGAAGCCUUCCUCGUCACUAUAACAAUUCUUCAGCCGCCAUUAACGGAGCCUGGAAUCCGAACUUCCUCCGAAAUCCCUAUGGGAAGAACCCUUCUACUCCCAACGGAAACUUUCAGGAUUCUCAGCAGCAGAGGAUCCUACAGCAAUCUCUGGGGGGUGGAGGAGGAGGAAGUCCGAAGUCCUCAACGCCGAUAUCCAGCGUGCCGUCUGUGCCUGAGCCCCUUCUCCCGAGGGGAUCUCCCAUUACGCCUGGUCUACAUUCCCUUCCUCCGAAAGGAUCGCCAAUGACUCCUGGUCUCCAUUCCCUUCCCCCAAAGGGAUCACCCAUUACGCCUGCUCUCCAUUCCCUUCCCCCAUUUCAGCAACCUCGACCUCAACCCAUCUAUCAAAAUGGGCCUAUUUCCCUCAAGAGUCAAUACGAUGUGCCAAGCAAUCAAGGACAGCCCAGCUACAACAACAACAACAAUCUCCUGCGGUUUUUGCCAGGGAACAGGUCCUCUCCCCUCAGCAUCUGCCUUCCUACAAGCCCAUUUAUGAGCAACAUCCAACAGCCUGGAAGUCUUUGGCACCCUAUCAACCUGGGCUGUCUACGCUGCAACGAGCAUCAAGCCAAGAAAUGAGCACAGAACUGUGAUCGUGAUGUUUUCAUACUGUUGUAAUAUGUGACACGUGAUGCUGUUAUGUUUUUUUUUUAGAUUUGGAUUUUCGCCCUUGUAAACUCAGCAACCAUGGU